CUACUAUUAUUUGGACGAUAACACACCGUAUCUAUCGGUGAUACCGGUGGCCGAUGAUGUGAUUACGUUGGGUGAUUUUAAGAAAGUUUUCACUCGAAAAGGAUACAAAUAUUUUUGUAAGCAACUCGACCGAGCCAUCGGAUGUGAGGUGAAAGUUGAGAUUCGUGAUGAUUCGUGUAAACUGGAAAAAUCCGCCAACGGUCUGAUCGAGUUGGUGCUGCUGUCGACGAACACUCCGUCUGGAACGCUACCGAGGAAUGUGCCUCGCAAGCAUUUGACUGCCCCUAGUGCGGCCGCCGCGGCCGCAGUGCCAUCCGCUGGUGGCAUCGACGAUGUCCGGCAACAAAUUAUGGAUUCGAAUGCGAGGAAGAGACGUUCCCUGCAUGAAAUGGUAAAUAAUGGUCUGAUCCAUUUGGAUCCCGCCGCAAUCGCUGAUCAUCGUGGUGAAUCAGUGAGAAAUUGCACUGAAGAUAGUAUCACUGCAAAACGUGCUGGUGAAGGUCUAGCCGAGCUGUACACGUCGAAUUCAGAGGACCCUUACAGAUUGGAGGAAUCGAACUCGAGGUUCACCUUCAACUCAGAGGCUUGUUCGUCUAGCGCAUAUGGCGGAAUUCCUGUGCCUGGAGCUGCAGCAGCCUCAGGGAUAUUGGGUUCAGCGCCCGGCCCGAGUGGCACGAACGUGUUCGCGAAACCUCACAGGCAGCGAAGACCUCGGAAAGAACGCUAUCGUAAAGCGUAUGUCCCGAGUACAAUCUCGUCGAUUACCGAAAGCAGGUGGGUCAUUAAGUCAUGA